AUGCAGAAGCAGAUCGACCGCCUCCUUGCACGAGACAAGCCUCCGCAGCAGCAGCCAGCGGCAGGCAACGCAUCGAGUGGGCUGUCGUACAAGGAUGUCCUCGUCUUCCUCAAGGAGAAGAAGUUUGAGGAUUCAGUCGUGCAAGCGAUCUCCCAGAAGCAGGCCCAGGACCAGGUGGAGCACCCCCCGACGGUCCAGACGGCUCGCUGGAGGGUUGAAGGCUUGCGCAAGAAGAUCGAGAAGCAGGAGCAGCUGCAGAGGAAGCUUGAGGAGCGCCGCAAGCAGCUGCUCGAAGAGGAGGCGACGAUCACCACGACGCUGGAUGAGCUCAGGAAAGAGCUCUCAGUGGCGGAGAAGGUCUACUCUCGGGUGCAUGCGAUUGCCAUCAAUGACGUGGUCAAGGUCACUUCGGCAGCACUCGAGCCCUCGGUCCUCGACAACGAGCAGGCGAAGUCAGCUCUCGCAGUCCUGCAGAAGCUCCAGAAGGAGGCGCUUGACCUCAAGGGGGGGGCACGAGCCGAUGGCGCAGAGAUCGCAGCCGCGGACGGAGAUGGCGACGACAUCGACAUGGAGCUGCUGGAGGAUGGUGACCUGGAGCAGCGGACGGAG